CUUCAUUUCAUAGUAUUAUUCAAAUCAGCAUUUGUGUUGCCCGACUCUACAAUCUUUGCCUGUUGUUGGCGCCUCCACUCCUCCACAAAGUAUUGUAUCCUCGGCGUAUAAAUUUGGCUGUCUACAAUACACCACUUUGGCCUCGUCCGUACAUCACCCACAAUUCCAUCAUGUCAUCCAAUCUCCAUAUUCUGCAUUUUUAUUAUUUGCAAGAUAUAUCUUGCCUACUUUCCUCUCUUUUGGUAUUUUGCCAACCCAUGUUUUCCUUUUUUUAAUCCCUCACUCUCACUCUCACACCCUCGCUUUUGUUCACCCUCGACUUGCAUUUACUUCACUACACAAUCUCUCUCUUGUGUUUAUGUCUCUCUUGCUACCUUCAGACUGACAUCGAAUUCCUACAUUCGAUACUCAUCCUCAUCUGUCGUUAACAUUACCAUUACUCUCACAACACCCUCCACAUUGAUUCUCAACAUGCCCUCGACUAUAAUUCCAGGAGAGAGAAGUCCCACCCCAGAAUCGAAGCUCAUCAUACUAGAGCGGCCAAGCUCCAGACCUGUCACAGUGCGAAGCUCACCUUUCAGAAUGGAGGCCGCACCUGCACCAGCUUCCGCUGACACAAUAAACAUGAUUGCACAAGAUAUGACUGCCCUAGUUAAGAAAAUUCAGGAUCUUCGACACCUGGGUAUAGAGGAUAGCCACAUCACGCUGCCAAAAAUUUGUGUUAUCGGCGAUCAGAGCACCGGGAAAAGCUCUCUCAUUGAAGGAAUGAGCGAGAUUAAGGUCCCGAGAAGUGCAGGAACCUGUACUCGCUGCCCCAUGGAGAUCAACUUAACUGAGAGUGAAAAUGGACAACCUUGGAUAUGUCGAGUGUACCUUUCCCGGAAGUAUAUGUUCGAUGGCUCUCGAAAGACCACCAAACUUCCCAAGAGAUCGGAACCUUUGGGGCCUUGGCACGAACAAGACCAAGAAGAUGAACAUUUUAUUACCAUUUCCCACAAGGGUGAUAUCGAGGAGGCAAUAAAAUGGGCACAGAUGGCUAUUUUGAACCCAGGAAGACCCACGAGUGAAUAUAUCCCAGGCCAGAAUGUGGGGACUGAUCCUCAAUACUGCCAGGUAAAGUUCUCUCCGAACAUCGUUCGACUAGAUAUUUCUGCGCCCAACUUCCCCAAUCUCUCUUUCUAUGACCUCCCCGGAGUCAUUAACCAGGCCGAGUUUGAUGAAGAACGGUAUCUGGUUAGCCUCGUCGAGAACCUGGUGAAGGAGUACAUAUCCCAGGACAACUGCAUCGUUCUCUUGACUAUCACCAUGACGGACGAUGUCAUGAAUUCGUCCGCGGCCCGCAUCAUGCGAGACGUUCGUGGUGCAAAGGGUAGAACUUUGGGUGUCUUGACCAAGCCAGAUCGAGUCCCACACGGAGAAUCUUACGCCCAGUGGAUUGAGAUUUUAGAGGGGGAUAAAUUCUCACUAGGACAUGGAUACUAUGUGGUUCGAAACAACCCAGACCCAUCUGUGGAGCACUCACAAGCUCGAGAGGAGGAGGAUAGCUUCUUCGCAUCUCAUCCAUGGAUCACAGAGCUCGCAGUCUACCAAGAUAGGUUUGGAACGCGCCAUUUACAGACUGCUCUCUCAAGCUUGUUGUACCAGCAAAUACAGGGAUGUCUGCCGAAGAUCAUUGAGCAGAUAAAUGGAAAGGCGGCUCGAAUCGAUGCCGAACUUGAGACUCUUCCGGAUCCACCUUCUGCCAAUGUUCCAUAUAUUCUGUGUGGAAAGCUGCAUAUGUUGAAAGACCAGAUCCGUUGUCAUAUUGACGGCGGAUCACGCGAAUAUCCUAUGCAAAAGAUCUGGGGUCAGAUUGCUUCUGACUUUAAACGCGCUCUCGUCAAGUCUCGCCCUACAGUAAGGCUUUUGGCGGACUCAGACAAGAAGUUACCGGUUGAGAAUGGUGACGAUUCCGAUUGCGAGGUCACGACACAGCGGUCGGUGAAACGCAAGUUAUCUGCAGAUCAACCUAGCGGCGUCGUUCCAGACGCCAGAAACAAGCAGUCACCGGCAUCUUCGGGAUAUUAUACCCAUCACUUCGACAAAUUUGACAGACCCAUUAAGACGUUCAGCUGGGAAGAAAUCCGCGACAUACGGUUGGACUCCUACUCAGCAGGGAUUCCGGGGCAAACCAACCCGAAGUCUAUUGAGACAAUGAACAGGAUGAGUGUCGAACAUUGGAAAGACCCGAUGUUGAAGUUCAUAUAUGCUACACAUCGACUGGUUAAAGAAACGCUAUUGACAGAAGUAGAGCGGACUUUCCUCCAGUACCACCAGACAGGCCUUUAUCGCGAGCUGAAACGAAUAAUCGAGAACUACACCCAGAGGCUCCGAGCAGACCACAUUGCCCACGCUGAUGAGAUUUUCGACAUCGAACAUCACAAACCAUUUACCAUGGCUAGCACGGCUCUGGAGCUUGCAACUCAGGCAGCUUACAAAUAUCUUGACGGACGCCGAGCUGAAGCCCGUGCCGCUUGCUUAUUCGACCUUCAGCACAAGCCUGCAGCUGGAGACCCCAGAAGGGAGGCGGAGAUCAAAAAAAUUGUUGCCGAUCUCGGUGCGGACAACUUCUCUCAGGAAGUGAGAAUGAUGGCUUCGACCCGGGGCUAUUACGACGUGGCGAGUUCGAGAUUUGUUGACUCUAUUUGUCAGAGUGUUCACACAAAGCUGUUUUUAAAGUGCCGUGAGGGAUUGAUCACCGAAAUUGAGAGUGAACUCAGGAUACAUGAUGAGAAUGCCGUCGACCGUUGCAACGAGCUGAUGGCGGAAGACCCCGAACGCCAACGCCGACGACAGUAUCUUCUCAAAGAAAAGGAGAAAAUCAACAAAGCGCAGGCGUGGCUUGAAACUGCGAAGAUGGAUGUUGAGCAAGAUGAGAGGCUUACUGAUUUUGGACGCGAGAUCAAGUCCCAGCAGCCCGAGGAAUGGGGUCUGCGUUCCCCAGCAAUGGCUGGCUACUGACGAACCCCUUCUGUCUCCCAUCUGCUAUGAUUUCUUUUGCGACUUUCAUGUCUUCUUGAGUUGUGAUCUGUAUCAAGGCGGGGUAAUAAAAUAUAUCGGCAGCAGCGAAAACCCCCCACUUCGGUGCCCAUGCCCUAUGCCCUAAUUUCUACUUGCGGUCACAGAUCUCUUGAAUGUACCAGUACGUUCCCAGUCUGCUCGAAGGGUCAUAAAUUGGAGAUAUGGCGAGGAGAACCAGUAUUAGUUGAAUAGUUCGAUUUUUAUCAAAGAAUAUGUAGCAAAUGAAAGGUGUUAAGGAG